AGACAAUAUAUAGGUGAAACUAAACGCACACUUCGUGAACGCUUUAACCCUUUAAGCCCCAGUAUCAACAUACAAAUUCUCCAAACUGAUCUCCAUACAUUUCCUUAAAGAAUGAGUUGAGAGAAUUUGAUAAUAGAUCAAGGCAUUUUCUCUUCGGUGAUCAUUUUAUUCAUUCUCAUAACGUAUCUUUUGACAGUGUACGGAUAUUGUUAGGAGAAAAUUGAUCUUGGUCACUAUUGGGACUUAAAGGGUUAAAGAACAUAGACAAGCAACAAACAAUCCACUCCACGCAACCGCCACAGCCGCAGUCCCUUCUCACUUUAAUCAACCUGGCCACUCGAUCGCAGACAUGGAACUUAUUCUGCUUGAAUUGCAACCCACCCUCAGCAUGUCACGCCGUAAGGCAAGAGAAGCAUACCUC